GAAGCAAGGUAAGAAUAAUCAAGGAAAGGACAACAUGGAAUCAAAGGACAACCAGUGUACUACUCAAAGAUUGUGAGCUAGGGAAGCAGAAGAAGCAAAAAGACAAGCCUGAUGAGAAUAAAGUUGAAGAAGAAAAUCCCCGUACGUCUGCUGGCUUGCCGUUCAGAAAAUUACCUCCGCUGGAAACAAUGGAAUGCUUUCAAGAUUACAAGGAUACAAUAGAACCAGCCAUGAUGGAAGUACUGGAGACAUACUUUGAGAAUGCCAACAGCCUAAAUUCGGCUUGGAGUAUCAGAGAAGGUGAAGACCCGUACUUGUGGGAUAUUCGGAUUCACGGAGAUAUAAUAAGGCAUCUAAUGAACAAUGAAUACUUAGAAGACCAAGUAGUACGCUACUACAGUUAUAGGUUGUUCAAGAAGCGGGAAAAUGAAAAGAUGGCUGAUAGUGUUGAACAUAGGUAUGCGGAGUCUGCAUUCAUGACGCCAGAUAUGCCAAUGAAGACAUCUGGGAUGAUGUUGCGCGUCAAUGUGAUGAAGCUGAGCGUCAAAUGUGAAGUUGUGCAUAAUAGAAAGGCUCAAACAUAA